ACCGAGAUAACGGUACACCUAAUUGACAGACUCCGAUAGCGGAUACAGUCCUCCGCGCGAAUGGCCUACGCCGCCGCCCUACGUCCGCCGUCGGACCUUACUCCAUUUCUUUCCGACUCCGAUAGCGGAAGCACCAGCGGCGGCGAUGAAGCAGCCGCAGUUUCGCGCGCAUCUCCUCUGGAGGACUCCAUUUUUGCAGCCUAUCUCCAGAUCUAUGGCGGCGGUUCUCCCUCCCUUGAUCUUAUCAAGAUUCGCUCCUUCCUAUCCGCCGCCGCAGGCCGCGGCGGUCACUUCGUCUCCUGCCUCAUUUGUUUGGAACGCAUCCGCCCGUCCGAUCCCGUCUGGUCCUGUUCUUCCGGUUGCCAUGCUCUAUUUCACCUUCCGUGCAUCCAGAAUUGGGCUAACCAAUGCUCCCACCGGCCCACUUCUUCUUCGUCCCUCCACUCCUCAGACUGGCAUUGCCCCAAAUGUCGUAUUUCCUAUGUUCGAGACAUGAUUCCCCGAUCCUAUCGUUGUUUUUGCGGCAAGCUAGAGGACCCGCCGUCCGAUCCAUGGAUCCUCCCACACUCGUGUGGGGAGGUCUGCGGACGUCCUCUGCGCGGAAACUGCGGCCAUGAAUGCCUUUUACUUUGCCACCCUGGGGCUUGCCCACCGUGUCCUAAGCUCGUCACUGCCCGUUGCUUCUGCGGCUCUCAAAAAGAUGCCCGCCGUUGCGCGCAAAAGCAUUUCUCAUGCAAUCAGGUGUGCUCUAAGUUGUUGCCAUGCCGCACCCACCUGUGCAUCGAGCGCUGCCAUGACGGUCCAUGCCCGCCUUGCCAGGUGAAGGCCUUGUAUAAGUGCGCUUGUGGGAAGACAGAGGAGGAGAGAGUUUGCGCUGAGAGUGAGUUUCGAUGUGAUAGGCCUUGUAAUGGAAUUCUUGGGUGCGGGAAGCACAAGUGCGGCCGUGGUUGCCAUUCUGGAUCCUGUGGGGCCUGCCCUCUGGAAGGUAGGAGAACUUGUCCUUGUGGGAAAAAGGAGUAUAAGGGGGUUUCGUGUGAUGAGAUUGUGCCAACUUGUGGUUUGACAUGCGAGAAGAUGUUGAGUUGCGGGUUUCAUAGGUGCCCAGAAAGGUGCCACCGUGGGAUUUGUGUGGAGACUUGCAGGAUUGUGGUUCUCAAGGCUUGCCGGUGUGGGAGCUUGAAGAAGGAGGUUCCAUGCCAUCAAGAUUUGAUCUGCGAAAGGAAAUGCUUAAGAAUGCGAGAUUGUGGCCGCCAUGCAUGUAAGCGUCGUUGUUGUGACGGGGAAUGUCCAUCUUGCCAAGAGAUUUGUGGGAGGAAGCUACGUUGCAACAACCAUAAAUGCCCUUCCUUAUGCCAUAGAGGCUCGUGUGCCCCAUGUCCUUUGAUGGUGACGAUUUCUUGCUUCUGCGGAGAAACAUAUUUCGAGGUCCCAUGUGGUGUUGAAAAGAAUCAAAGGCCUCCAAAAUGCCCCAAAGCUUGUCAUGUGUCGCGUUUGUGCAAACACCAAUUUCAGUGUCGGCCACACAAAUGUCACUAUGGUGCUUGCCCGCCUUGCAGAAUUAUUUGUGGAGAAGAACAUCCAUGCGGUCAUAGCUGUAAACAUAGAUGCCAUGGUCCAAUCCCUCCUCCCAACCCGGUGUUCACACUGAAACCAAAGAAGAAGAAAAUGGAGAAAAUUCUUGGAGUUACACCUGGAUUAGCAUGCCCCACUUGUGAAGAAAUUAUAUGGGUAGCAUGCCUUGGCCAACACAUUGGUGAAGAACGUCCGAUGGUUUGCUCAAAAAAGGCACAGUUUUCAUGCAAUAACCUAUGUGGAAGUCUUCUUUCUUGUGGCAAUCAUUACUGCACAAAGCCUUGUCAUGCUGUAAAGUAUCAGCCAUCAUCAUUGGAUGAAAAUGAAAGUUGUGAAAAUGAUUUGGCACAAAAGCAAGAGCCUUUACUUUUAGAUGCUGCAAGAGAACACGCAGAGCCGUGUGAAGAGUGUCUUCUUCCAUGCGAAAAGGUUAGGGAGCCUGCAUGCUCGCACCCAUGCCCUUUGCGGUGUCAUUGUGAUAGUUGUCCCCCUUGUGAGGUUCUUCUCAAAAGAUCGUGUCAUUGUGGUGCUAUGGUGCAUGUUUUCAAGUGCACUGACUACAAUGGGUUGAACGAAAAGGAGCAACAACUGAUACGAUCAUGUCGUGGUCCAUGCCAUAGAAAAUUACCUAAUUGUCCUCAUUUAUGCUCUGAACUUUGUCAUCCUGGACAGUGCCCAUCUGUUAAUCUAUGCAGUAAAAAGGUUACCGUUCGCUGUGCAUGCAAUAGUCUUAAAAAGGAAUGGCUUUGUCGUGAUGCCCAAAAUUUCUACCGCGAAACAGGUCGAGAUUCUAAAGAUGUUGUAAAGAACUUGUUUGGAGUUGGUUUGAUCCCAUGCAAUGCAGACUGUAAAAGCAAGGUGAAAACUACUGAUGCAGAAUUGCUAAUUCGAAAAGUUCAAGUGCCCAAGGACACGGAAACUGUUGUUGCUGCUGUGACAAAGAGGAAAAAGAGACGGGACCGUGUACAAGUAACCCAGCAGGUUUCAAAGUUCCAGGCAUUCAGAUCAGUCCUACAGAAAUGCCUACUCUUUUCUAUACUGUUGAUUGUUAUAUGUGGAAGCUUAUACUAUGGCUACAAGGGCCUCUUCUGCCUCUCCGAUUGGAUGUAUGAAAUGGAGAAAAGGAAAGCCAGAAAAGGAUUUUCAAGAUUUUGAUUGCUGUAACAAACCCUGCAGAAUUCAUUCAAUUCUUUCAUCCUUAAAGUUUCAGAAUAAAAGCCAUUAACUAUUUGUGUUAGUUAAUAUGGUUGAUAAAACAUUAUAUUCUAAGUUGGGUGUGAUGUGCAAAUUAGGGUUUGUAAUGAGUUAAAUGUUGGUACUUUUGACAUGGAGCCAGGUUAGGGGGGUGUUACGGUUUUGUUCUAUGGUACAUUAAUAUCAUGUAACGUAUCAAUCACCUAAACU